CAGCAGCGGCAGGGAUACAAUAUCCAUUCACCUGCGCCCGGCUCGUCGGGGCCUGCGUCUGCAUGUCUGAAACAUUCAAUUACGGUUCAGCACUUCGCAGCAACCCUGAUGCUUGAAUCUGGAUGUGGGCCUGAGUUUGAAACGGAGACACGCGGCGAGUUGCGAGUUCUGGACCAUGCAAAGGCCAAUUGGCAAGGUAGUUUCCUGGUAGUCCGGGGCCCUUCCCAUAAGGCUUCAGCCAAGUGGCAUACCAGGUAUCGAUGUUAAGAGGAGAGCCGUCUUCUUCGCCCAUUGUGACAUGCCACACACCUCUAUGACGAGGUACAUACACUGAUACCUUGCAACACUGGCAAGUCAAAGAAGCAAGUCGAAACGAAUGCAAUGGACGGAGAAAAGGGGAUGCCGUCGCCAACAGACACCGGGAGCCAAAGUAUGGAGCCAAGUCGGGACAAAAAAACCGCCAAUCACAGCAAUACGACCAGCACGGCAGACAAAAAGAAAGAGGAACUCCUCGAGGCAUGCAGACGAAGGGACCUGAGCGCUUUGAGGGCGCUUGCCGAGUCGCGAGGGGGCUUCUUGGCGGACAGCAUCCGCCAGCAGGCGUGGCCCAUACUGCUAGGGCUUCCGCCCGGUAAUGAUGUAAAGACAGAGGCUGAGUCGCCGUCAUCCUCAUGGGAAUCACUGCCCCGACAUAAAGAUGAGGACCAAGUCCAGCUGGACGUCAACCGUGCCUUCAUCUACUACCCAGAUAACCAAACCGAAUCCCAACUGGCCCACCAAAAGUCCCUUCUCUCGCAGCUCAUCGUCUCCGUGCUCCGGCAGCACCCUUACCUAUGCUACUUCCAAGGCUACCACGACAUCGCCCAGGUGCUCCUCCUUGUCCUCCCCUCCAGCGUCCAGCUUCCCGCCGUGACCCACCUCUCCCUUUCCCACAUCCGGGAUUUCAUGCUACCGUCCCUGUCCCCAGCCAUCGCCCAGCUCCGCCUGAUCCCGGACAUCCUGCGGCUGUCCGACCCGCCGCUCUGGCGCCACCUGUCGCACACGGAGCCCUUCUUCGCGCUGUCGGGCACGCUGACCAUGUACGCGCACGACAUCACCUCGCUGGGCGAGAUCGCGCGGCUGUUCGACGUCCUGCUGGCGCGCGAGCCCGUCUUCACCGUCUACCUGUUCGCGGCCAUCGUGCGGUCGCGCCGGGACGAGCUGUUCGACACCCCGCCCGACGAGCCGGAGAUGCUGCAUAGCAUCCUGUCGAAGCUGCCGGUGCCGCUGGAUCUGGAGGGGCUGAUUGCCGCGGCGCUGAGGCUACAGAAGGAGGUGCCGCCCGAGCAGCUCCCUGCGUGGAAGAGGAUUUCGAGGUGGAGUGUGCUUAAGACCAAUCAUAGUAGUAAUAGUAGAGGUGGGGACGGGAGGGGUGGUGGUGGUGGUGGUGGUGAGCAGCGCGUGGAGCAGUGGAGGAUGUACUUUGAGAGGCAGGUGGAGGAGCUGAGGUGGGAGGAGAAGAAGGAGAGGGCAAGGAAGUGGGUGUGGAAGCACCGCCGGCCGGCGAGAAUGGUUGCGCUUGCGGUGCUGGUUGGUGUGCUGGCUGUGUGGCUGCGGAAAGGGCCGUUACCGGGACCUCUGGUGUCGGGGAUGGGUUACCUGUCGGGCCUGUUGGCAAGGUGGUGGCGGUAG